AUGAGCGGAUUUGACGGGACGGUUGGCGAUGAUGAGAAGCGGGAUCUGACCGACGAGGACGCGCGGGAGUUGCAGCUCUUCCAGGAGAAGCGAAGGUGGUUUGAGGGGAAGCUGAAAGUACUGGAAGACCAAGCUCCGACUUAUCCGUUCAUCCUGCCCAUCUUGUCACCGUCAGCCGCGGAUCCAACGGUCUUUGCCUACGCAAACGAAUCGGAAUCCGAGUACCGUCUGCCCUCCGCGGACACCCUGCGUACCUGGCAGGCAGAGCGAGAUGCCCUCGAAGAAGAAGUAUUGGCAUUUGACGGAGGGGAUCUUGGGCGGAUGAAGGAGAAGACAAGAGAAGUCACCCUCGUCCCGCUGACCAAAGCGGCGACGCAAGCCGUGGCCAUCACACUCGACCUCAUCUUACUUAUCGACCGGCUCCUUACGCUGCUCCGAAGACGGUCGGACCUCCUCGAGCUGGUGGGGUUGCGGCUGCAAUGGGACGGCUUGAGGUGGAAGGUCAUGCUGGAGUGUGCCAAGCUCAAGGAGGAUGUCAAAACGUAUGUCGAGGGAGAGGGGAGGUGGAAGGCGCCAAACGCCGCGAAAGGCCAGGGAGAGGAGGCAGAUCCUGUUACGCCGGUCAAGCGCGUAAUGGUCGACCAAGCGAAUGGCGCAAGUAGCGCUACGGUCUCCGCGCGGAAGGCGGCGGUAUCGCCAAUCACCUUGUUCACUCCAACGCGCCCAUACACCGCGAUCUCGCCCACGACACCCAUAUCUCCGACAUCACUCUUCACUCCCCAGCCCCAAUCCCGAGUUCAGUCCCUCUCAAUUCGACACCGCACCCUUACAACCACCCAUCUCAAGCGCUCCUCGGCCAUACUGGACCGAAUGAUCGAUAUUGCCGGACCCCUCAAAGGUCUUGGAGGACUUUACGGUCCUCUACCAUCAAUCGAGGAGGGCAAUGAUGAAGUUUCUGGCGCUCUGCCAGACGAGCUGCUGGAUAUGCAGGAUGAUCUGGAGACUUUGUGCGAGGAUGUCAAGGCGCAGGUGGAGUGGUGCAGGGAGGUAGAGGAGCAGAGGGAGCGGUCGGUGAUACAAUACGAGGCCAUCACUCGGGCUCGGCGUCAAAACCAGCAGGUCAUUUCCCAGCUGAAAGAAUCGCUAGCCCAGCCCGCUUCUAGCGCGCAACACGAAACCCUUGCUCACUUGCUCCGAGAAGCAGAGUCGAGUCUCCCUGCGCCUCUCGACAAGUCCUUCCCGCGACCUCGGCACGCCGACUAUCCGUCCGUCGACGCCAGUACGGCUGACAUCCUCGAUACGCUCUCGACCGCCCGAUCCGGCGCUAAAGAACAGCUGGCGAUCUCGUCAGACGGGGUGGGAUGGUAUUCCCGCCUAGCCGCCGCGAGGUCGCAGCUGGAAGAGCAGGAUCGCCUACUGGGCGAAGCCAUUCCGGGUCUGGCUGCCGAACUGGACAGGCUGGAAAAGUUCCGCUCGGGAGAGCAACCACCGGGUCGAGCAGAGGAAGAAGAGUGGCUCUCCUCCGCUCCGGGAUGGAUUACCGGUCUCGAGCAAAGGAUUCCGGACCUCACUCGGCAAGCGCAAUUGCUCGAGAUGAGCGAUAUGCGCUAUAAAGCCGCCCAUCAGCCCCCGACAUCGGUACGCCAAUUGCUCGGAGAUGUUGCGUAUUCGGAUGAGCUUCAUGUCGAGGCGGGAAACCGGGCGGAGGAGGCUUUGGGGCUGGUCAGGAGGGCGGAGGAGGGGAUUCGGCGGGCGAAGGAGGAUCUCGAGGUCUUGCCGCUUGCUCGGAGGGUGCGGGAUGGGGCGGACGAUCUAGCGACGAAAUUCAGCGAUCUGAGGAGGAGACUGGGGGAGGCGAUAAACUCUUCGGCGUGGAGGGCCGGCAUGUCCGAUCACGAUGCUCGAGGUCGGAGUGCUGUCGAGCUUUGGCGAGAGCUCCUCAGCUGCGAAGAUCGCAUGGUCCAGCUCCGGACGACCAUGGCCGAGCUGGAUGAGGCAAGAGGGAAGCAGGAACGAUCAGCGGGUGUCUCGAUAGACAAGGUGGCGGAGGAUGUACGGAAGGCCGAGGAGGUCAUGAGGGAGGUGGCUAGGAUAAUGGACCUGCUAGAAAGGAUGGAGAAGCAGCGGGUGGUCGUAUGGGAGGUAGAGACCGAGGCGGAGGGGCUGCUGCGCGACAUACAAAAUGGAGCAGCGGCAUCUACAAAUCGGCCCACGGGGAACGUCGCGGUCGACCGGCCUGCGGCUUCGGAUACCGGGCCCGCAGUGGACAUCGCCAUCGGGGCGGAGCGGGAACAGGGAGGACAGGUCUUGCAAGACCGAGUCAGGGACUGGAUCGGCGGACUGGCGGAGCGGGUCCCUUUCGUCGGUACCGUCCAUAACAGCGAGGAAGUUUCAGUCGACGCUCUCGUCCAGUCCCCCGCAGUCGGAUACUCUGCGGACCUGCCAUCGGUCGACAUUGCUGUGCGCAAGCAUAUCAACGAGCUGUCUACCCGGGUCGACACUGCUCUUUCUGAUAUGCUCGCUGAGCAAAAGAGAAAAGCGGAUCCCGCCGACAGCCCAGCGGCCCAGCCCGAACCUCCCACGACCGACCGAACUGCUUCAAGCGAAACUUCGGCGGCCUCUCUCACCAUCACGCCCGUCGCACCGAUCGCGGAGGACGUCUUUGGCUCUCUUGAGCCCCGGAUCCGGACCACCAGCUCCACCUCGAGCAGUACUUUCCGGUCACUCGCUUCUGCAGCUCCUGCCGCCGAAUCCCAGUUGUCGCAGAUCCAGGAUCUCCGAGAGCGGGUCCGGUCGCUCAGGCUGGCGGAUGUCGUCUUCCCCUCCAGCUCGGCCAUCUCGCGCACUCCGUCGCUGCAACGCCUACCGGACGCCGCGACUGUGGAGUCUGUCCUCGCAGUGUUAGCCGCAGCUGAAUCGGGGCUCUCGGCCACACAAAGGUCGAAGCAGAAGGGUGAAGAGCAGACUGCGGAGGCCGGCGAGAUCAAGCGGGAAACGCGGAAGCUGGGUGAAGAGCUGGCGUCCGCACGGGCAUCCUUGCCUCGUCUCGAGGCUUUGGCUUCUUUCUCGGCGCGGAGCAAGGCGUGCGAUGAAGCAUUUGGGCGGUUGAUGGAAGUCAUCGAUUCGAAGGAGUCCGGUGGUGUAGCGGAGGGACAGGACGAGAACAUAACGGAAGGUCAGGCGGUAUUGAGGCAGGCGGAAGAAGCGGGGAUGGCGGUAGAGAAUGACCGACGUGUCAUUUCUGACCUGAAGCGCCUCCGUGCAAUCUGGACGGACCUCUCCUCGUCGCUUCGCCAUACGUCUUCCUCUACCCCUGCGAAUGGCGUGGACGACGAUACCGCCUCUAUCCCUUCCGUUGCCUCAUCCGAAAAUAUGACGAUCUCCUCCAUCGCCUCGCCCGCGUCGCCGUACAUCUCGCGUAUCCCCAUACCUACCUCCACUUCCAAACCGCGGAUCAUGUCUUCCCUAAGCAUGCGAAGCAAUCUCAGCACGAAUAGCACGGGGAUGCGAUCCACGUCGAACCCCUUCCCCCGGCUCGCGAUGACAACGGAGAGCUCUCGUAAUCGAACCGUCUCGAGCUCGAGCCAUACUCCGCAUGAAGGGAGAAAGCGCCUCGAUAGCUCCACCAGCGUCCGGAGCGGCCUUUCGGCGUCAGGGUCCAACGCGGCGGUGCGGAUACCAAGCGGAAGCUCGGCGCGCUCGGUCAGCGGGGCGAUGACGCCUCCGGCGGGCCGGAUGGGGGAGAGAACCGAGAUGGGGACGGCAAGUCGAAUACCCCGUCUAGCGAUCAGGAGCCCUGCGAAUCCCUCGUCGAGGACUCCAGGCAGUCUGGCGGAUGGUAUAAGGACGAGGAAGGCGAGCCUGCCUGUUCGUAUGGGUCCUGCACCUGGGACUGGCGCGGACGCCGGAAAGCGCAGGAUCAGCGAGGAUAAGGGGUAUGAGGCGGAUCCCAAGUCCACGCUGGACCAGGCCGUUGGAAAGAUUGUCAAUAAACUCAAAAUGUCAGUCCCGAUUGUCCCCGUCAAUAUAGCCGGGACGGACGAGUGGAAAGAUCAGUCUGGGCGAUACUGGAUCGGCGCGCACGGGAGGGCCAAGCUGUGUUUCUGCAGGAUAUUGAGGAGUCGGACAGUCAUGGUCCGAGUGGGUGGAGGAUGGAUGGAGCUGUCCAGGUUCCUUAUUGACCACUUUGCGGAAGCGCUGGGACAGUCCCCGGUUGAAGAUGGCGGAGAGAAGUUGCCACCGUUGAUGACGCCUAUGCGGAAGAGCAGUGCUAGCUCGUACGGACCUCCAGGCACUACGACGGCUUAUCCGACCCCAACGGUCAAGCGGGUCUCUGUGCCUGCCAACUCGGCCUACAACGAUGAGGCGGUAGCAAACGCACAUAUCGACCUCACGCCUACUUCCGCGGCCCCUCUAGCGCCCACGUCUAUCAUUUCGCCACUUCCCAGCCCCAUGACGCCAAUGCGCGACUCUCAUAUCCCACGCAGCAUCAGCGGCUCCCUUCCUCGCUCCGUACCGCGCAACAGCGUCCCUCUCAGCCGGUCAUCCAGUUAUUUCAGUCCCCUUCCACUCCAGUCCCCGACCACCCCAAAACAGGGCGACGCGCCAAGUGGCCAGGUUAGCGGGCCAGCGAGUCCGCUCGUACCUCUUCAUUUCUUGCGAAAGGCGUCAGAGAGCCCGCCAAUGCGAGAGAGGGAGAAGGAGCGUUUGGGCGUGGGAAGAAGGAGUAUAUUGGGUAGAGAGGGGGCAUGA